UACGAAUAGAUGAGUGUACACACAUGAUCGUGUUCAGAGCAUACGAGCACGGAGCACUACUAUUAGUAUAGGGUUAAAUAAUAACUCGUGUCUUGUGUGUUUAAUAACAUUUUGUCAAAAUUCCACCUUCAAAAGCCGAAGACAUGACGGCUGACACACAGCCUCCGCCACAACCAAAAAAAAAGCGGCGGGUUUCCGUUUGUGUUGGAUGCGGAUCUCAAAUUCACGAUCAGUUUAUAUUAAAAGUGGCUCCGGACUUAGAAUGGCACGCUUCGUGUUUGAAAUGUGCCGAAUGCAGUCAGUAUCUGGAUGAGAGUCACACCUGUUUCGUUAGGGAUGGGAAAACGUACUGCAGACGGGACUAUGUGAGAAUAUUCGGGGCGAAGUGUAACAAAUGUAAUCAAACCUUCGGGAAGAGUGACUUUGUAAUGAGGGCCAAGAACAACGUGUACCAUAUAGAUUGUUUCCGUUGUGUGGCCUGCAGUAGGCAACUAAUCCCGGGGGACGAAUUCGCCCUCAGGGACGACGGACUAUUUUGUAAGGCGGAUCACGAAGUUGUGGAGAGGGCAUCUUCGAAGGAAAACGGAAGUGAAGACGGAAGUCCUCGGAUUAACAACAAUAAUAAUAUUGUGACGAAACGUGCAAAUAAAAAUAACGACGACAACAACAACAAUGAAAAGGGACUCUCUCUCGUCGCUGGCCGGGCGGAACAAGUGUCAAAUACAAAGACGAAUGGUACAAGAUCACAUGUUCACAAGUCAGAACAAAAGCCUACUAGAAUAAGGACAGUGCUCAACGAAAAACAACUACAUACUCUGAGAACGUGUUAUAAUGCAAAUCCGAGACCGGACGCUUUAAUGAAAGAACAACUUACCGAAAUGACAAACCUGAGUCCUCGAGUGAUCCGGGUGUGGUUUCAAAACAAACGCUGUAAAGACAAAAAGAGGAGUAUACUGAUGAAACAAUUACAGCACCAACAGCAAGAAAAAGUGAGUAAAUUCAUAAAUGGCGGACGGUUGCACGGCCCACUCCAAGGAGUUCCGAUGGUCGCUUCAAGUCCCGUUCGACACGAGAGUCCCAUGCAAGCUAAUGCGGUCGAAGUGCAAAGUUACCAACCACCAUGGAAGGCUCUCAGUGAUUUUGCCAUGCAAAGCGAACUUGAACAUCCGCCAUUCCAACAACUGAUGAAUUCCUUUGACAUGGAGGAUAAUCAUACGUAUCACGAAGGCUAUGGAAACGAGUGGAUUCACCACGACCAGCUACCUGACCAUAUGGAUCACAUUGAUCAGUACUCCGAUUCUGAAUUCCCUGAGACACCGUCGGAAAUGUCUAGCCCACUAAGCCAAUAGCACAGGAUGUGUUCCUCUUUCUUCGAUGCGGGAAACAUUUUGGAACUUUAAUUCAAACUUGGGAGGUUCGAUUCUCAAAUCAGGGACUAAUAUUUCAAAUGGUGGUUUAUUUGGACCAAAUUGUAUGUGAAUGGUAUGUAUUGAACUUUGAUUACGAGAGAGAGAAAAGACACUCAAAUAAACGCUUGAUCUCUCAUGGUUAUACUUUGUGUUUUUACAAACGCAGAAAUGAUCCUGGUUUAUAUGUAAAUGUUGUGAUUGUCACGUGACUGUGAAAUUUACUGUCGUUUUGUCUAUAGCUGAAUUUCACAUGAAUGAAUGCUGUACAUACAUAAUGAUCGGUGUGUCAGGUUCAGAGACAUUCUACAAAUUUAAUUUUCUUUCGUGGAAAAAGUCCCGAUGAUAGGGAAAGACACAACACUUUUUCUAGGAAAGCCAACAGUUUACAGGACGUAUAGAAGACACAAGGAUAAUUUACAAAGAGUUUUCCUCACAAAUUGAUGACAUGUGGGUGUGAAAUCUGAACAGAAUGUAUAUAAUAUGCUAAUUGUAUACAAUUGAGAUAUUAUUGCAUAUAAUAAGAUCCAUAAAGAUCGGACCCUGUGGGAUUAUACAGAAACAUUUGAAUCAAAUUCAUCUUAUUUACGUCCAUUUCAACGUUUUAUGUAUUCAUGGAAUGUUUAGUUGACUUUUCAAUAUAGGAUUAUUUAUUUUCUCUUUAUGCACAGCACACCUUACCAUUUUAGAAAAAAAAUACUUUGUUAAACAGAACAUGACCGGUACUUCUGCG